AUGGUGCAGCGCCUCACCUACCGGAAGCGUCACAGCUACGCGACCAAGUCCAACCAGACCCGGGUCGUCAAGACCCCAGGUGGGAAGCUUGUGUACCAGUACACGAAGAAGAGGGCGAGCGGGCCCAAGUGCCCCGUCACCGGGAAGAAGAUCCAGGGGAUCCCCCACUUGAGGCCUGCUGAGUACAAAAGGUCUAGGUUGUCUAGGAACCGCAGGACUGUUAACCGUCCUUAUGGUGGAGUACUCUCUGGAAUUGCUGUUAGGGAGAGAAUCAUCCGUGCUUUCUUGGUUGAGGAGCAGAAGAUUGUCAAGAAGGUCCUGAAAAUACAGAAAACCAAGGACAAGACAGCUGCAAAGUAG